AUGGGCCCUUCCUCUCCCGUCGCUUUCCUCUCCCGCCGCCCUUCUUUCUCUCCCGCCGCCCUUCCUUCUCUUCCGUCGCCCUUUUCUCCCGUCGCCUUUCUCUCCCGUUGCCCUUCCUACUCUCUCGUCGCCCUUUCUACUAUUCCAUGGCCCUUCAUACUCUCCCUUCGCCUUUCUCUCCCGUCGUCCUUCCUACUCUCCCGUCGCCCUUCCUCUCUCCCGUCGCCCUUCCUCUCUCCCGUCGCCCUUCCUCUCUCCUGUCGCCUAUUCUCUCUCCCGCCGCCCUUCCUUCCUCCCGUCGCCCUUCCUCUCUCCCAUCACCCUUUCUUUCUCCCGUCUCCUAUCCUCUCUUCUGUCACCCGUCUUCUCUCCCGUCGCCCCUCCCCUCCCGUCUUCCUCUCUUCCGUCGCCCUUCAUCUCUCCCGCCCCAUCACCCACCUCGGCGUCUUCGCGCUCGCCCCGAAAUGCCUGCCCGUCGCCCCGUCGCCCCGUGAUCGUCGGCCCCUCUCGCUUUUCCCUCGCAGCGUUACUCUCCCCGUCACAUAUGCCCUCGCUUUUUUCGUCGCUCCUCGCGGCACCCUCGUCGCCGCCUUCCCAUCACCCUCGUUGCCCUCUCUCUCUCCCCCCAUCACCCUUUUUCUCUCGGUUCGUAUCACCCCUCUUAUCACCCUCACCUCUUCCCUCACAUCGUCCGUCACCAUCGCGUCACCCUUUCUCUCUCCCCUCACAUCACCCUCCUAG